AAUGUUUGCUUAUAGAUUAUUGAUAGGUCAUCAAUAUGCUCUGUUCUUCCUCUGUUUCGGACCAUUCAGCUGUGUUGGAAAAGCAUCUGAUUGUUGUUCAAACUCAAAUGUGUCUGAAAGGACUCGAAAUGGUUUAUUAAAAGUGAAUAUAGGGGGAUUAUUUGAACUUGAAAAUUCAACAUCUAAACCAGAGUUUAUAGCUGCAAAUCUAGCAAUCGAUCAUGUGAAUAAAGGAGGAUUCGUACCUGGGAUUCGAUUAUCCUUAUUCGAGAAUGAUACGAAGUGUGACCCCGGACGAGGAGCUGAUGCCUUCUACGAUUUUAUGUACAAAAAACCAAAAUUGUUCUUUCUAGUUGGAACAAAGUGUUCGGAGAUUUCCUACGGAGCGGUUUCACCAGCUUUAAGUGACCGGGAAAAAUACCCAACAUUCUUCCGUACAGCAGCAGCAGACUCUUCUCAUAAUGAUGCUAGAAUUCAAUUUUUUAGAAAUUUUAAUUGGAGUACAUUUGCAACAAUUCAUCAAGACCAAGAAAUUUUCUCUCUGGCAAUUAAUGAUCUUACGAGAGCUUUAGAAAAAGCGAAUAUGACUAUUGAAAUGGCAACUACUUUCCGGGGAACAGGAUCAGAUGUCAGUGUCAAAAUGAACAUGUUGAAGGAGGCCGAUGCGAGAAUUAUCAUAGGAUCUUUUCAGGAGGAUGCUGCAAGACAAGUAUUCUGUGAGGCUUAUAAACUUGGAUUACAUAGUCCACGCUAUAUUUGGGUUUUACAUGGUUGGUAUUCUCCUUCAUGGUGGAAAGACCCAAAGGGAACUACUUGUAAAAGUGAAGAACUUUUAAUAGCUGUAGAUGGUUAUAUCAGCGUCGACAGCGUCUCAGUUUUUCGGGAUGCGCAAACUUCUGACAAGGGAAUUUCUGGAUUAACUGCAGACGAAUUUGCCACAUUACUAGCUAAGGAAACAAAUCAAAUUCCAUCAAUACACGCUCCACUAGCUUAUGAUGCCAUAUGGGCUUUAGCCUAUGUUUUACGAAAAUAUCAAUUAAAUAGAUAUAUACCAAAAUUGAGCGAUUUUAACUAUUCAACUAAAAAUGGCUCUGAAAUUGUCGCACUCCUUUCAAAUCUCCUGUCAAACCUUGAAUUUACUGGAGUAUCGGGCCCAGUUUCCUUUCAUGGAUCAGAUAGGCAGGGCGUAAGCGUUUUGGAGCAAAAUCAACGAGGUAUGAAGAGAAUAGUUGCUUUAUUCUAUCCAGAAAAGAAUAGUCUUGAUUUUAAUUGUAAAUCCUGUAAACAGAUUUACUGGAAGAAUGGAAAGGUUCCAAAAGAUAAGAAAAUGGUAAUUACGCAAGCUCAACGAAUUGAUGAGGAUACCUUCAUAGCCGUCUGCGUUAUAUCUAUAUUUGGAAUUACGGUUGCUAUAUCAUUUCUCAUCUUUAAUUUAUAUUACAGGAAAUUAAAAUACAUAAAAUUAUCUAGCCCUAAGUUGAACGAUAUGGCACUGAUUGGUUGUAUUCUGGUUUAUACGUCUGUAAUACUAUUUGGCCUAGAUGAUGGUAACGUUAAGGAGGAACAUUUUGCGGUAAUUUGUUCGUCUAGAGCAUUUUUGCUUGCAGCCGGUUUCUCGGCAGCAUUUGGCGCAAUGUUUACGAAAACUUACAGAGUUCACGAGAUUUUUACGAGAGCUCACAGUGGCAUUAUUAGAAGCAAGUUGCUCAAAGAUAAACAGCUAUUGACUAUAAUCAGCGCUUUGCUGUUCAUCGAUUGCGCAAUUAUAUUAUUAUGGGUGGCUGUCGAUCCAAUGAAACGGAGAACAAAUAAUUUCACAAAAGAGUCUGAUGACGGUGAUGUGACCUAUAUAUACAAGAUUUCGCAUUGUGACAGUGAACAUUCAGAUACUUGGCUAGGGGCUCUUUAUGCAUACAAAGGCGCCUUAUUAAUAUUUGGAGUCUAUAUGGCUUGGGAGACGAGACACGUAAAGAUUCCUGCUCUCAAUGAUUCUCAUUAUAUAGGUAUGAACGUCUACAACGUCGUUCUCACUAGUGCAAUAGUCGUGGCUCUUUCUAGUAUUUUGGCCGAUAGGCCUACUCUUUGUUAUGCCGUAGUUAGCGGACUAAUUGUUGUAUCUACUACCUCUUCUCUUGCUCUUCUCUUCUUACCGAAGAUCUAUGCAAUAGUUAAACACAACGGAAAUCCAGUUAUCGUAUCGACUGGAAUAACGGUUGAGGCAAACACCAGGCGUUUCGUAGUAGAAGACAAACGGGAAGUUUAUUACCGAGCUCAAGUACAAAAUCGCGUUUAUAAACGCCAAUUAGCCGAGCUGGAUCAAGAAAUAAUACAUCUACAAGAUCUGCUCUCCAUUUCUGUUCCACCUGUGGGUCCUCUAUCUGAAGAUUUACUAGCUCUUUUGCCUAUUGGGGAAGGCGAAAGCAGGGAUGAGAAUCAGUGCAUGAUAAGAGAUUAUGAACUAGAAAGAAUCGAAAAGCGGGGAGAGACUAGUAAAUUUUUGCGCAAAUUUUCUGUAGCAACUCUUUUAGAUAAGAACAAUUGGUUAUCUAAUCAAGGAACUUGCAGUUUAGACGAGAAUCGACGAAAAUCAGAAUGUUUUUAUUCAAGUAACGUAGAAGAUUUCCUAAAAGAGUGCCAAGAUAUCAUAAAAAAUAGGGAUUACCGCGAAAAUACACCAACGAGCUCAGUCAGAGGGAUUUCUGAAUCAAAAGAAGACGAAAGUUCUCUAUGA